GUGAGCGAACGGGACUUUUAUGGAAACUUGCUACGGGGGAGACGUAAUUUUACCCAAACGACAUUGAGACUAAUCGGUGGUGGUUGAAAACGGCUUAACAGCUCUCUCAGUCGAACCAACUCUCUGGAUUACCGCCGGUCGCCAGAAUUGAGAGAAACGGAACUCCUUUGGUACAAGGUCUGAGGUGAAGGUGCGUCCAAUUUAACUGAAACGAGCCUGUCAAGAGCACGAAGCAGCCAUGACUGAUGUAUCCAAGAAAACCGAGAGACUUCUAUCUGCAUCUAAAACUGUUCAUAAGUCAUAUGUGCCUAAGGUGGGCAAGGGUGAUGUUAAGACUAAGUUCGAAGCCAUGCAGAAAGCACGGGAGGAAAGAAGCCAGAGGAGAACCGGAGAAGAAAGGAAGAGAAGGAACGAACAGUAUAAGAAGGAGAAGGAAUGGACAAAGAUAAAACAGGAGUAUCGGCAGCUCCUUGCUUCAGAUGAUGAAGAAGAAAAUAAAUUGGACGAACUGAAGAAAGCAUACGUCCCCAAGCUGACAGGGACGGUUAAGGGCAAGUUUGCGGAAAUGGAAAAGAUAAGGCAAGAGGAGGAGAAGAAGAGAAUGGAAGAAGAGCGGAAAAGAAGAAUUCAGCAGGACAUCCUGGAGAAAAGGAAGCUACAACGUGAACUUGCAAAGAAAGGUGCAGAGGAAGAUGAAGCUUUUUCCUCAACCAUAAAUAUUUCUGAAGGUGUUAACACGACACCAGGCAAAACCACAAUGAACUUUGAGGAUCUGGAGAAUGCGGGGGAAGAUGAUGACCAGCAAAACAUUGAAGAAGACAUGCAAAGAUACGAAGAAAAUGAACGAUCCUUUCGGCAAGCAAAGCGCCAUUCAGCAGUGUUGUCAGAAAAAGAUGAUGACAAGGAGAGCAAGGCUGAGAGGAAGAGCUCAAUACGUCCCGGGAAAUUAAAACUCAGCUUUGAAGAACUGGAGAGGCAGAGGCAAGACCAGGAAAAGAGAAAAGCGGAGGAGGAGUCGAGACGGCGCAUUGAGGAGGAGAAGGCGGCCUUCGCAGAAGCCAGGAAGUCUCUAGCUGAAGAUGAAGAUGAUCAGCCCGAUCCCAGUGCGGCUCUGAAGGAUCCUGUCCGGCCGGGGAAACUGAAGCUAAGUUUUGAAGAGCUGGAGCGGCAGCGGCGCAGGGAGGAGCAGCGCAGGGCGGAGGAGGAGGCUCGCAGGCGCUUGGAGGAAGAGCGGAAACAAUUUGCCGAAGCUCGCAGAAGCAUGAGUCCAGACCAGGAUAGCACUCUGAAGGAGCUUUCAAGUUCAGACAAGGAGGAUUAUGGACCUAACGAAUUACUUGAUGAUGAACCAAACAACUCUGCGAAAGCAGCCUCUGGUUCUGACGAUGGGCAUUGUCCAAGGAAACUGGAAAUCAACUUUGAAGAGCUUUUGAAGCAGAGGAUGGAGGAGGAGAAACGGCGAUCUGAAGAGGAGCGACGGCAAAAACUAGAGCAGGAGAAACAAGAAUUUGAGCAGCUGCGGCAGGAGAUGGGUGAGGAUGAAAUCAAUGAAACAACUGAGAUUAUCAGUACAGAAUAUGAAGAGCUGAAGAAUUUGAAAAGAACGGGCUCUAUUCAGGCCAAAAAUUUGAAGUCCAAAUUUGAAAAGAUUGGCAAGUUGUCAGAAGAAGAAAUACAGAAGAAAGUGGAAGAUGAGAGGGCCAAAAGGAGAGCAGAAGAUCUAGAAAUAAAGGAAAGGGAAUCGGAGCGAUUCAGAGAGGAUGAAAUAGAGGAAGUAAAGGAGCCCAAGAGAGACAAUCCUCCAUUUACUCACAAAGUAGACAUGCGAGCACGCUUUGAGCAAAUGGCUAAAGCCAGAGAGGACGAGGAAAGGAGAAGAAUCGAAGAACAGAAACGUCAGCGGAUGCAAUUUGAGCAGAAGGAAAUAGAUGCAGCUUUGCAAAAGAAAGGAGAUGAAGAGGAGGAGGAGGAGGAAGGAAGUAUCGUUAAUGGAUCAACUUGUGAAGAUGACGUGGAUGAACUCAUUCGAUCUGGAGCUCCAUGGUUCAAGAAACCUCUCAAGAACACAUCGGUUGUGGACGGUGAGCCAGUAAGGUUCACUGUGAAAAUACUCGGUGAACCCACUCCGGAGGUCACGUGGUGGUUCGAGGGAGAAAUGCUACAGGACUGUGAGGAUUAUCAAUACAUUGAGAGGGGAGAAACGUACUGCCUUUACCUGCCCGAGACCUUUCCUGAAGAUGAAGGAGAAUACAUGUGUAAGGCUGUCAACACCAGAGGAACAGCUGCAAGCACUUGUAUUCUCACCAUUGAAAGUAAGAGUUAAACUUAUGCACUACUUCUCUGAAAGUAAAUUUGCAAACUCAUCCACACACACAAUUUUACACUUACUUUCCGCUACUAUUUUUCAAUAUCAACUAAUUCCCUUCCUUGAUUCUUUUCUAGCUGAUGACUUCUAAAUCUCCUGGGAUUUCCUACCUGUCCUGAACCUUUACUACAUCCAUCUUUUCCUACUGAAUGGGGCCAAAAAUAAGUCAAAUCCUAUUGCCCUUGGAAAAAUUACUGUUACAUUGAUUGUCAUUCCUUUAACAGUUAUGUAUAGACUACGGAAAAUGCAUGAUGUUUACCUUCUGGUUUUAUUUGGUCAAUUUUAAUCUUCUAAAAAUUUCUUGUGAGAUUCUUAUUUACCAGAUGCAUUCUAUCUGUAAUGUUGUUAAGUGGCACCCACUUAUCAGUCUUGAGUCUAUAAACUUUUUAAAGAACUGUAAUCCAUUAUUAACCUAUUUACCAAAACUCUUAGUUGGGUCAACUGGUUUAAAAACCCAACUGGAACUAUCCAUUCUGAAAGCCAACUUAGAAAUGGCAUGAAAUAAUAUUUUUAAUUAAAUACAGUAUUGAAAUAACUCACUGGGUAUAUUCAAUUGUGAACAUUGGUUUCUCCAAAUACAGAAAAAGGUUUUUUUGUAAAAUUACUGUAAAAAUUACCACAAAGCCUUAUGGACAGAUGUUCCCUCUUGCAAUAAAGGGACAGGGGAGGCGAUACCUACUGAAUGUCAGACAAUUUGUGACUCUCAAAUAUCCUUCAUGCAGAUGUACUCUUUUGUAAACAGUUUAACUUCUGCUCAAUUGUAUGGAAUUUUCUGAUACCAUUUUAAAAAUUAACUUUCAAACAAAAUGCUGUG